AAUGUAACCUUGCCGGAGCCACACACAGAGAGAAAUGGACGGAAGGACCCAAAAACCUAGACUCGACCCCGGAGCUCUCCUCCGAGUCUCCGAUCACUUCCUCCGCCGCCGUCAUUUCGACGAUUGUCGUAAAUACGCUCACCAAGCUCACCAAAUCGACCCUAAUUUUCCUGGAAUCUCCGAAAUCGUGGCCGUUGCCGACGUUUUAAUCGCCUCAAAGUGUCGAAUCUCGACCGGAGACGUACCUGACUGGUACGCGGUCAUGCAACUCGAUCGCUAUUCAGACGAUUCUGAUUUAAUCAGACAACGGUUCAAUCACUUGUACGGGCUUUUAGACCCUAGCAACAACAAGUUCUCUUUGGCAAAAGAAGCCUUCAAUAUUGUUUGCGAUGCUUGGUAUGUCUUGUCGAAUCCUUUACAGAAACUAGAAUUUGAUGAUGCGCUUAAGAAACAUUUGGAUGAUUUUGCCUUUUGGACUGUUUGCCCUUACUGCUAUUAUCUGUAUGAGUAUCCUAGGGUUUAUUUUGAGAUUUGUUUGAGGUGUCCGAAUGAUAAAUGUUCAAAAGCGUUUACGUGUGUGGAAAUUGAUCGGCCUCCGGCCGAGGUUUUGAUGGAGGGCAAGUACUUGUGCGCCGGAUUUUUGCCGGUAGGGUUUCAGCACGGUAGUUGGAACCCAUUUGUGCCACCGAAAAAAGAGAAAGUGAAUGCUAGCGAUGAUGCUGGUAAUUGUGUGGACAUAUCCGAUGAUGAUGAUGAUCAAGUUGAGACCAAGAGUGAUAAAUCUCUUAAUGUUAGUAUUGAGGAAGUUCAUGAAGGUGCGGGAAGUGUAAAAAUGGACGGUGGAAUGCCAACCAUGAAGCCUGCUAUGGGAAGGAAGAAGUCAGUAGCUAAGAAAACCAAGAAGCUGACUGGCGUUGGGAACAGAGUGACAAAAGAGGGGUUUGUACAUAGGGAAGAAACAGAACUGAAGGUGUGUUCUACUGAUAAGGAUCAUGAGGGUUGUGAAAAUGACUUUAGUUUUGGGGAUCUCGGAGGACCCAUUGAUCCGACGAAUGGUGGGGAAGUAGAAUUUUAUGAUGCUGAUGGCGACAUCCUUGUGAGUCUGCAGAAUGGUAUGUGAUGGUUAUGACGCAGCUGCAAGAGUAUCCCCUUGGUCGUGUUAGGUACAUAAUCGGUCUCCUUCUUUAUGUACAAAAUUCAGCUUCGUGUUCAGGGAUCUGAAAAUAUGGUAGAAAUUGCAACUAGACUACUUGGUUUCCUGGUGUUCUUGUUAUGGGGAAGCUAUGCAAAUAUCACUAUAGAUUAGUAGACUAUGAUCCUAGGAAUAGUUUUCUGACCAUUGGUAAUGCUUUUCCUAUAGAUUACUUCAUUCUGAUGGUAGCUUUUUGUAGAAAUUGAGCUGGAUGUAAAUCGAAUAUCUAUCUAUAUUAACGUGCUUAGUUUGGCCGC